CAAUUAUUAUUACUAUUAAACAUUGCUUGGGAGAUGCAUUGUGACGUCAGGCUUGUCUGGUUGUUUUUAUUCGUCGCGUGAAAGCCGGAAGUGGCUUCACAGUUUCGACCGUUGGAAACCCAGUUGGGACCGGAGCUGCUCACCGGGCCGCGAACGCAACACGGUGGGAUUCAAAGACACUGAGAACAAUAAGAGAAGCUGGGCGAUGGGACCAGACGGGGCCCCGGCUCCGGCCGUGCCCUGGCGCAAGGUGCUGUGGGAGCGCCAGCCGUUCCCGGACAACUACGUGGACCGGCGGUUCCUGGGGGAGCUGCGGCGGAACGAGGGCGUCCGUCGGUACCGGUACUGGGCCGUGGUGCGGGAGGCGGGCUUCGUCGGCGAGCAGCUGUCCUGCGUGGCCAUCUUCAUCACCCUGUGGCUCUACAUGGAGCAGGGUCUGCUGUCCCCCGAGACCCUGUUGUGGACCUGCCUGGCCGGCGCCCUGCUGGGCUACGGGCUACACCAGGCCCUGCCGCCCCCGGUCGACUCCGGCUGCGACCGCCGCACCCGGCUGGCCGACUUGCAGAGCGCCACCAUCUUCCUCUCCUUCACCUUCGGCUUCUCUCCGGUCCUGAAGACGCUGACGGAGUCGGUGAGCACCGACACGGUGCACGCCAUGUCCGCCGCCAUGCUGCUGGCCCACCUGGCGUCCUUCCCGUACGCCCGGCCCUCGCCGCCCGGCAGCCUGUCCCUGAACGCGGCGCUGUUCGCCUCGGUGUGCUUGGCGUCGCGGUUGCCCGGGGCGCUGCACACCUUCGCCAUGGUGACCUGCGCCCUGCUGGUGUUCGCCCUGUGGCCCUGCCUGCUGCAGAGGCUGAGGGCCGACGCCCCCGGGCGGUUCGCCGGGGUGUGCGCGGGCGUGUGCGUGGCGGGCGUGGUCGGCCUGGGGUCCCGGUGGCCGGGGGGCGCCGCGCUCCUGGCCCUCGCCCUGGGGAGCGUCACGCUGCUCUGCCCGCUGCUGCUGCUGCGGCUGCAGAGGCACAAGGACAACAUCCAGGGGCCCUGGGACGAGGCCGAGAUCCAGGAGGAGCUCAGCCUCUUCGGGAACUGACGGGCCGAGGAGGAGGAGGAGGAGGAGGAGCAGGAGCUUCGCCUGGAUCCAUUUACCCGAAACUCCUUCAGGACUUCUUCUUCUUCUCUUGAUGUUCAAUGUUCUGCCGUCGGCGUCAUACCUCUUGACCUCUGAAUGUAUUAACGCGUUUUAACCGGACCGGUCCGAUGCACCCGUUUGAUAUAUGAGGACGUUUUUAAUAAUCUGUGAGAUUUGUUCUGGUUGUGUACCGUAUGUUGUUAAAAUGAAACAUUCAGACAGUUUGAAUUAUUAAUUUUUUAAAGGGUUUUGUAAUAAAGAAAAGUUUGGCCCCGCUGCGAGUUAUUAGACAAAAUAGUUGAGGAUUACCAGACGGUCGUUUCUACUCCAGUGGUAUUAAAUGUAUUUUCAGAAGUACAUGACGCAUUAAUUUGAAAUGUUUUCAUGUGUUAAUUAACCCAACACCUCCUUUGUAAUAAUAAUGUAUAUAACAUAAGAUAACUUCUGAGAUGCUUAGUAAAACUAGCUACCUUAUUUUCUAUAUAAAGAUAUAAAAAUCAUGAACGGUGUCUUACAUCAAAGUAUUCACUUUAAUUUUAAUAUGUGUGCUUUUAGAUUGACUUGGAUUGUUUAUAUAUUUUAUAACUUGUAAAUGCUCAAAAUAUUCAGAUUUGAACAUUAUGCAUUUAUAAAGUUUGGAAGUAAUUAAUUCGUUUUAAUCGCUAUUUGUGUUGCAUUAUUUAUUUGCUUCUUGUAACUGCUAUAAUAAUUAUUAUUUAAGUAACCGUGGACUGUAUUCUCUUGAAUAAAACGUGCCUUUUUUUUCGAGGGGGACCGCCGGCCAUUGUUUCACUUCCGGGGGUGUGCGCGCAUCCGGGCCAGUGACGUCACAGGGCGGUUGAAUAAAAACGCCUGUUGCGAUCGUCGCCAAGCAACUUCUCAUAUUAACGAUUCAAAUGUUUCUAUAAACUAAAAAAUGUUUUCACCUCAACUGUAA